GACGGCGCGGCUAGCGCGGCUAGCCCGAGGGCCGGCCUGCGGGCGCCUGCAGGCCUACAGGGGCGCAAAGGAAGCAGUCAUGGUGCCGCGCAUCCUGCUCGCCCUGCUGCCGCUGCUGCUGCACAAUGCGGCGGCACAGCGCCAGCAGUCCUUCCGGGUGACGCCCUACAACACGAGGGUCGUGGAGGGCCGGGAGGCGCGGCUGCCCUGCGAGGUGGACCACCAGCAGGGCUCCGUGCAGUGGACCAAGGACGGCUUCGCGCUCGGGUACGCGUCGGUGAUCCCCGGCUUCCCCCGCUACGCCAUGCUGGGCGACGCCUCCCGCGGCGUCUACAACCUGCGCAUCUCCAACGCCUCCCUGGAGGACGACGCCGAGUUCCAGUGCCAGGUGGGGCCCAAGGGCCGCAUCGCCGCCAUCAGGGCCAACGCCACCCUCACCGUGCUAUCUGGGCGUCUUGAAAUAGUUAACAGAAACUGGGCGUUUUCUCAAAAAUGUGCAGACUACUUGGUGCACACUGAAAAGCACAGAAAAGGUUCACCGCUCAACUCCAGUGUUCCUGCUUUAUAG